AUGUAUUUAACAAGGAUAAUCGCUAUUGUUAAAAGACUCGCCAAAAAUACCUUGCCAUUUCGAGGAGAUGAUGAGAGGCUAAAUGUUGAGAAUGAUGGCCUAUUUUUACAAAUGGUGGAAAUGGUUAGUGAGUUUGAUUCAGUAAUGAAAGAGCACCUUCGGCGGGCUAAUGCAAGAGAGAUUCAAUACACGUAUCUUGAUGUAAAUCGUGAGGAGCAGAUGUCUUUGAUAGUACGAUUUGAAGAUGAUUCAGCAAACUUACCUACAGUUGAGGAACAUUGGCUUGAAUUUUUGAAGGUAGAUGACACAACAGGACUUGGACUUGCAACCGAGCUUCAAAAGGCUUUGAUCAAACUUGAUCUAGAUAUUGAUGACAUUAGAGGGCAAGGGUAUGAUAAUGGAUCUAACAUGAGUGGGAAGCACAAAGGUGUACAAAAAAGAAUAAGAGAAGCCUUACUUGAUUUGGCAGAAUCUAACGAAGAUCCAAAAGUGAAAAGUGAAGCCGAGUCGUUAGCAACACAUGAACUUCAGAAUUUUGAGUUCUUACUUGGCAUAGUAAUCUGGUACAGGUUGUUGCAUGCAGUCAAUAUUGUGAGUAAAUUUCUUCAAACCGAAUCCAUGGAUAUUGAUCAUGCUAUCGAUCUAUUGCAAGGACUUGUUUUAUUUUUUGAAGAUUAUAGAGAAAUUGGAUUUGCCAUUGCUAUGGAUGAAGCAACAAAAAAGGCAAACAAAAUGGGAAUUGAAGCUGUAUUUAUAGAAAAAUGCAUAAUUCGAAGGAAAAAACAAUUUGAUAAAAGCGGUAGUGAUGGGGUAAAGCAAUCAGUGGAAAAAUCUUUUAGAGUUGAGUUAAGGAAUGCAACUUUAUCAAGUUUGUUGAACUCUUGUAUGAAUUUUGAGAAAUAUCUUGAACAUGAUGGGCGUUCGGACAUCAGUGGAGAUGAUUUAUGUUCGGAGUUACAAAUCUUGAAGAUUUAUUUACCAAAUGAAGCAACAAGAGCAAUUGAAGUGCUACAAUAUUUAAAGACUCACAAUAUUUAUUACCCAAAUGCUUAUAUUGCUUACAAAAUUUUGUUAACCAUACCUGUUACCGUUGCAUAUGCAGAAAGAAGUUUCUCAAAAUUGAAGUUGAUCAAGACCUAUCUUCGAUCAACUAUUUCAAAAGAAAGAUUAAACGG